GGUCACAAACAGAUCGCUGGGCGAACUCAGCAGGUCUGGCAGCAUCUGUGGUCAAAACGCAGAGUUAAUAUUUCGGGUCCAGCUACCAUUCGUCAGACCUGAUUGCAGUUUGGAAAAGGAUACUUUUGGUGUGUUGAUACGGAAGAGGUUUCAUCGGUCGGCUGUCGCCGCCGCUCAGUUGACCUAUCGAGAUGCUCUUACCCAGGCCUUGGAUGAGGAAAUUGAGAGAGAUGAAACUGUAUUUCUGCUUGGAGAAGAGGUAGCGCAGUAUGAUGGUGCAUACAAGGUGAGUCGUGGACUGUGGAAGAAGUGGGGAGAUAAGAGAGUCAUAGACACUCCUAUUUCAGAGAUGGGCUUUACAGGAAUUGCAGUUGGUGCUGCCAUGGCUGGCUUGAGGCCCAUUUGUGAAUUCAUGACCUUCAAUUUCUCGCUGCAAGCCAUCGACCAAGUUAUAAAUUCUGCUGCCAAAACGUACUACAUGUCGGCAGGUGCAGUUCCUGUUCCUAUAGUCUUUAGAGGUCCGAAUGGUUCUUCAGCUGGGGUGGCAGCUCAGCAUUCACAGUGCUUCGCAGCAUGGUAUAGUCACUGCCCUGGCCUAAAAGUGAUUAGUCCUUGGAGUUCUGAAGAUGCCAAAGGCUUGCUAAAAUCUGCUAUUCGAGAUGAUAACCCUGUUGUUUUCUUGGAAAAUGAACUGUUGUAUGGUGUGCCUUUUGAAGUUUCUGAGGAAUUCCAGUCAAAGGACUUUGUUAUCCCAAUAGGAAAAGCCAAAGUGGAAAAAGAAGGAACUAAUAUCACUUUAGUUGCACACUCCAGAAGUGUGGGGCAUUGCCUGGAUGCAGCUGUUGCUCUUGCAAAGGAAGGCAUUGAUUGUGAGGUCAUUAAUAUGCGUACCAUUAGACCUCUGGAUAUUGAAACAAUUGAAGCUAGUGUGAUGAAGACUAAUCAUCUGGUGACGGUUGAGGGUGGUUGGCCACAGUUUGGAGUGGGUGCUGAAAUUUGUGCCCGAAUUAUGGAAGGACCAGCAUUUAACUACCUGGAUGCCCCAGCUGUACGUGUCACUGGUGCAGAUAUUCCUAUGCCUUAUGCAAAAGUCUUGGAAGAUAACUCUGUACCCCAGAUUAAAGAUAUAAUGUUUUCAGUGAAGAAGGUACUGAAUGUGUAAUUGCACUUAGUGCUGUAUUUCCACCCCCCACUCCAUUUAAAUCCUUUCACUGAUGGUGUAUAAAAGUUUAAUAGGUGCUGGAAGAUCCAAAAUGUUAUAUGCCACGAGAGCUACAAAGUACUACUUUAGAAAGGACAUUUGAGAUUAUACUUUUGACUUUAACAGUGGUAGUGCUCAUCUUGAAUGGUAAUUUUUGCCUCUUCCCUAAUUAAUUUGUGUACAGUGAUCAAAUGAUUAAAGUAUGAAAAUAACUUUGAGGAUCUGAAUGAAAGUAUAAUUUAUUUAAAAUCCUUAGAUUCUAGCUAGAAAACAAAUUCGGGACCUAGCACUUUUGUCAGAAAAGAGAUGUUAUGCCCAUUAAUGAAAGGAUUGAUCAACUUUGGGAAACUUUAGUACCUACUAAUUAAUUGAUGCAAACAUAUCCAGUGGGCUUCAUAAUAAAUGUUUCCUUGUAUGUUUGUUCAGUUGGCAGUCUAACAUUCAAACUUAUGUAACUGGUCACUUGGGAUAUUUAUGAUCUUAUUCUUAAAAAGGCAUUUGGUUAGUUUACAAAUAAAUUAACCUUGUGCUAUAUUUUGAGUUGUAUGUCAGUGUUGAUUUUGGAUCUUGUAAAAGUUCUUUAACUAAGGUGUUGUGCUGUGAUUCAGUUAUAUAACUCCAGUGGAAAUGGUCUUUAUAAUAAUUGAUUGAAAUCAAUUAACCAAGUUUUGCUUUGAAGGAAAAGUGACUCUUCCUCCCAAAAUCCUCUUAGCAGCUACAUUUUUAAAUGUUACGCCUGAACACUGUUCCUGUUUGUUUUCCACAAUUGGAUCAAAUCUCAAAUGUUAAGCAAUUUAAUUUUAUAGAAUUCCUCUGGCCAAGUAAUAGGAUUAAACCUAUUCUUUUGUUUGAAAUUAAGAAUCUAUCCAAGCUUUAAUAUUGGGCAAGUGUUAAUCAAUUAGUGAUAAAUACAGGUUCCAAACUGCAUUAAGUACCAGCGUCAAAUCCACAAAUGAGUUGAAUAACAGGACUUCAGUGAGCCCCAGCUUUGACUACCUGAUAAGGGAGUGCUUGAGUUUUAAUGACUAGUAAGGUUUCAGAUACCAAGUCACUUGAACUGUUUGGAACACAGAGCAUGUGUUGAUGCAGUGCCCUAAAUAAAAGUUCAAAACACAGCCACAUUUUUAAGAACUCAACAGCGGCUGGAGACUGAUUGAUUGAUUGAUUUACAACAGAAAUUUCCCAUGUGUUGUACUGGUAUUAGUGUGAAAAUGAUACUAUUAUAACAUUGUGAACCUCCAGAAGAAUAAAUAAUUACUGUAUAGCCUUGCGAAAAAAUACAAA